AUGGGCGCAGCAUCCCAAAGCGAGCCAAGCGAGCGCACGGUGGUGAAGCAGGGCGGCCGCAGGGCGUCUAUGCUGGAGAUUUUGGGCCUGAAGGGCAACUUCAGCCACCUGAACUUGAAGGACCCCUUCAACGUGAAAAAGCUCGGCUCCAGCUACACCACCGAGAUCCGUGCGGGCUUGACAACAUUUCUGGCCAUGGCCUACAUUCUUCCGGUGAAUAGUGGCAUGCUCAGCCUAGCUGUGCCGGACAUGAAGGAACAGCUGGUGUGUGCCACGGCUCUGGCGGCCUUCUGUGGCUGUUGGCUGAUGGGCAUCCUCUCCAACUUCCCCUUUAUGCUUGCGCCGGGCAUGGGCACCAAUGCCUACUUCACCUUCAGCAUCGUCUUGGGCCGGGGCCUCCCGUGGCAGGCUGCCUUUGCGGCUGUCUUCGUGGCCGGCGUCCUCUUCACCCUGCUUAGCGUCACGGGCAUGCGCACGCUGCUGAUCCGGCUCUUCCCCGAAGGCAUCAAGGAGAUCAUCGGUGCAGGCGUCGGGCUCUUCCUGACCUUCAUCGCUUUCCAGAGUGCCGAAGGCAUGGGCUUCUCUGUGGCAGAUCCCGCCACGCUGGUGAAGCUCGGGUCCCUGAGCCCCGACUCCUAUGACUCGGCGAAGAUGUGGUUGAGCCUCGCAGUGCUGGUGAUCACUGCGAGCUUGCUGGCGGCCAAGGUCCCAGGUGCUCCCUUGAUCGGCAUCGUCCUGGGAACCGUCAUCUGCUGGAUCGAGGGCUGGGCGCACGGCACGGAGGGCUCCGUCUUCGGCUACCCCUUCGGGACCGGAGGCGACAGCUCCGCCAAGGACUUCCACAUCUACGUGCCCACCGGCAUCGUGGCCAAGCCGACCCUUGAAGGCCUUGCUGGCGCUUUGUUCGAAGGCUUUGACUGGGCUGCCUGGUCCGCUAUGGACUACCGUCGCUUCGCGGAAGCGGAAGCAGAAAUGCAUAAGGAGUUAGCCGGUAUUCGGGAUCCGGGGGGAGUGGACGUCGAAGCUUUAGCGCCAAAGUCCGGUUCGAAAGACACUCACGUUCCCCACGCCAUUGAACCUGUCGUUCUUGAAGACAAUCAGGCGACUAUCCGAAUCCUUGAGUCCGGCAAAUCUCCCGCUUCCAGACAUGCUGAUAAAACACAACGAAUCAACUUAGGUUGGAUUGCGGAGCAAUUUCGGCGUAGACACUACAAGAUGGCUUAUAUCAACACCAACCUUCAAACCGCUGACAUCGUUACGAAGCCCUUCACAAACUCCGACAAAUGGUCUAGGGCACUUGAGCUCAUGCGUAUCGGACCCGACAAAGUCCGAACCAGGAAAGCUGCCGCAGCAUCGCAGCCGCGAAACGGCGAGCUCAGGAGGCCCGACACCGAGAAAACGUCGUUGAUCAUUGAGGUUGCUUGGGACGGGGAAGCUUACAUGAAGAACUUUGUGCCAGAGAAAUACCCGCAGUGCAGUUGGAUCUCAUCAGAAGGAAUAAUGGGUCUCAACUCUACCACAAAGAGCAAGGAUUUACUCAACACUGCGAGGAAAUUUCACAGGAUGGGUGCAUCAGUUUUGGUGUGGGUGAGGAUUCCUUCGCCUACCACAGACACCUCUCCCCCCGUCCUAGCGGAAGGGAUGUGCAGCGAAUCUGUCAACACUACGUCCUUCAACAAAGCAUGGGCAUCGUUCGUUGACUUAGCUACGGGGUUAACCGCGCCCGGUGCUGAUUUUGUCAGCAUGGCCGAUAAAGAUUGUCCUUACCUCGAGCACGAGCGAGUUCGGAAGUGGGUUAAGAACAAGAAGUUCGUUUCCGACAAUUUCGAUGCAUGUGCAGUCAACUAUCACGGUCCCGACGGUCUGUUGGCACGUGAGCAGCGUGGCGACGAGACGAUCGGUCAUGAGGAAGCGGAGCAGCGACUCACCAAACCGGCUUCCUUCCGGUUCAUCGCAAAGUUCAUCAAGGAGCCGACUAAGGAGGAUGACCCGCAGAGAAUCCUUUUGCAAGAUCUCUUUGCGAGAUGUGGCAUGGAGUUCGAGUCCAGGAUGAUGGCACAGCCACAGGACCUCUUGUUGUUGACGCCUCCCUACAACGAUGGCUGUCGGUUCUCGUUUUUCUUUAGAGACAUCACGAUUCUUGGGUUCAGCCAAAAGGCGAGCCCGGUGUACGAUGGGUUGAAGAUGUUUGACCUAUGCCAUCGGUUCACCCUCCUAGCGGAAGGGUUGGGGAAGCACCGUCUCUUCCCAUCCAGCAUUCGCUUACUGGGUGGAUUGUUCACACCCUCGCUGCAGCGGAUCCCACCGCCUCCGCGCGAGAAGACCUUCUCUAUCAUCGUGGGUGACAGCUCUUUGGCGCUGGUCACGAUGCCGGGGAAGAGGGUGAGCACCAAGCGCACCUUUGCCCAACAGCGAGCUCCGAGAGGAAACCGCGAAAUGGCGCGCAAGGCCUGCGAGUGGCCCAUCAAGCAGCUCAAGCAGGUCCAAUCGGACGUUCAAAAGGUGAUCGCGCUGCGGGACAGGCCAGGCAUCAAUUCUGUGACGGUCAUCACUGGACCAGAGAAUGGGUUUUUCUAUAACCUGCCCGAGGUUUAUGAUGAAGAGAUGUCUCGCCACGCGAAAGUGUUGGCAGAAGGCGCGCGGCUCGUUGAUCCGAACCCUCUCUUGGCAGCGACUGACAGGCCGGAUGGGUUCCACACAUCGCACACACCGGAGAACAUGAACUGGACAGUGCAGUGGUAUCGAUCUUUGGUUUCGGCAACCGUUACCGACCGAAUGAUCAAUGACCUUCGACCAGAGUUUGAGCCACCUGUGGCUCGAGAUGAUGGCGAGCAGAUUGUGUUGUCUAUCCCACUCCUUGCGCCUACUCAGCGCACCCUUCUAGCGGAAGGCGAAGAGGUUACUGAGGUUGGCCGUGUUUUGCUGGACACAGAGCCGGGCGCUGAGAAUGUGGUGCAGAGGGUGGAAGAUGACAGUACUGCAGUGACGAUUACCAAAGUGCGGCUCGAGGAACAUGGUGAUCAGGAAGCGAUCCCAGAAGAGGUCGAGCUCGCCAACUCCCUCGGCGUAUUCGCCCUUGAUUUGGGUGAAGAGCGCACCUCGAAAGAGGCUGCCGCAGCUACGUCCAAAACCUUCAAGAAAGUGGAAGAGCCUACUCCCGAGGAGCUGGCCAAGAAUGUCAUCUACAGUAUUCCACGUGGGAGCGUUGGCAUCCAGAACAUGAUGCAGGAAAUGUCCAUUGAAAGCGGCGCAAAGCCACCGAUUCCCGCGAAAGCUGGAGAGAGACGUCGAAAGCCGCGACAAAGGGGAGCGGGCCCAAGGCCGACCGAGCCGAUUCAGCCUCCGCCUCCCAAGAAGAUGCCAGUCGCGAAGCCAGCGUCAGAAGCUUCGCCAUGGAGGGGUGGCUCAUACUGGUUGAAGGGCACAGAUCUGCCCCUGCUCGCUUCUGGAGUUCGGCCCAUGUCGGAUGAGAAGAAAGAGCGACUGGGGAGGAAGAUGACUUUCAUUCUCAGGGCGUUUACCCACAAGCCUGAGUACGGCAACUCCGCGCCGAACAUCAACCUCCGACCCAGAGAUUUGUCUGUGUUCAAGAACCCUUCGGACGGAAAACCGCGCUAUGACGUGUUGAUCAAUAGGAAAUCCGACACUGAGUUUGACAUUUUACGAGUUCGGUGCGUCCAAAGGACAAUGUCGGACCAGAUGGACAUUAUGGAUACCCACCAAGCGGUUCAUACGUUCGUGGAGUGGAACGCCAGUCUGACGACUCGGCCAAAGAUCUCAGCCAUGGCAAUGUUCUGUCAGGAAUUUGUGAAGUUCCCCUACAAGCUGGGCUACCACGGCACUUUCCAGCGCAAUUUCGCCGAUGUCAUCAAGUACGGCUUGGUGCCUGGCGGUUUGUCGCUCCACGCAAGCGGCAGCAGAGCCUUCGUGAUGAUGUCGAAGGAGCCCGAGUGGCAGAGACAGGACAAUGCCGGCCUUCGAGAGAAAGCCGAGAUUGAGUUUGUGAUCGACCUCCAAAUGGCGGACAUCUAUAGCGAGUACGAUUGCUAUCUCGACCUCCGCGAAGGAUCUCAGAAUCAGUUCAUUGAAGAUUGGGCACCGAAGGCCAUCGACAGCCGCAUGAACAUGAUGGCAUUUAUGCGUUCUGCCUUACGGUAUGGCCAUCUCAAGAGGGAUGCAGACAGCGACCCCACGCCAGGCGAGAGCCUCGGCACUGGAUCAAACAGGAGACUCGCCGCCCGAGAGGGCCGACGUCCAUCAAUGGCCGACUUGCGUUCAAGCAACGUGUCAAGGACUGCCGAGCAACAGCACAAUACAACUCCCCAGGGGCGUAUGGAGACUGAUCCCCUUCAAGCUCACAAUUUCGCCAAGGCAGGGCUGAGCUUCUACACCGCGGAAGCACUCCAGCGCUUCGCUAACGUGAGGCUGCCCAACCCAAAAGGAAAGGGCAACGGCAAAGGGUCAGCUACUUACUAUGACACGACCGGGAAGUUGGCAUUGCUUUGGGUCACCGGCCAGCAGGAGAUCGACCUCCUAACAGAGUGUCUCGUCUGCUUUCACGAUCGUUGCUACACGAUCGACGAGAUCGCGGUUCUCAUCACAGCUGUGAAGAGUAACCAGUUCGAAUUCUCAAUUCGGCAGUACGACGGCGACAAACACUUCAUCAUGCAGAAUGAGAUUCUUCCCAUUAUGGAAGAGCUGGCGAACUUGCUGCAGAGGGAGAUCCCGAAGAGCCGGGGACCUGGUGAUUAUUCCGUCCCGAAGCUGGUGACAAGCGGUGAUCUAACGAUUCCCCCAAAUGCUGAAGGUCUAGGCUACUUUUGGGCCCUUCUUCAACACGCAUGGAGUGCCACCAAGAGAGGCAACGUCAUCGACCCUCAGCUUGCCAGGCGUCUUGAAUGGAAUCGUGUUGAUCAGUACCAGUGGGCGGUGUUCGUUGCAAUUACCGUUGGCUCCGUGCUGGGCGUCUCCACAGUGAGCACCUUCGCCGAGUCGACAGCUGGGGUGGCGGAUGGAGCCAAGACUGGCUUGGCCUCGCUGGUGACAGGCAGCUGCUUCUUGCUGGCCAUCCCCUUCUCCCCGAUCGUUCCUCCGCUGGCCUCCGGGCCCAUCCUGUGCCUCCUGGGCGCCAUGAUGUGCAGCUCCGUGAAGGGCGUGGACUGGGAUGACUUCCAGGAGUCUCUGCCGGCUUUCGUGGCCAUGAUCACCAUGCCCUUCACGUUCAGCAUCGGCUACGGCAUCAUCGCCGGCUUGGGCCUCUGGAUCUCCAUCCAGCUCCUGCUUGCGCCCCUGAGGCUCUACCGCGGUGAGAGCCCCAUGGUGCGAGUUCACAAGCUUUGGGGCUCUGCCUUCGUAGAGGGUGACGAGGAGGAGAAGAGCAGUGGCAAGCGUACUCCUAGCACCAUCACCCCCAGCCAGUCCUUCGGCGAGGUCUGA